UAAAAAAAUCGUAUAUUGCUGAACGGAGCAAAUGAAAUGUGCAAAUGCACACGGCUAGUGCAUAAAUAAUAGUGCGAGAGUUUCGGUUUAGUGCGUGCGUAGUUCUGGCCAGGUUUGAAUUCAUGUCGUGAACGUCAAGAGUGAAACCUACAACUCCCCAAACCAGCAACAACAACAGCAGCGCAGCACAGAACAGCAGCAGCAGCAGAGAAAAGAUGGCGACGAGAGGCACAGCUCGUGUGCAAUCACAACCAAAAAUUUUUCCUUCACUCUUUUCGAAACUGCACGGUGCCAUCUCGGAGGCAUGCGUCUCGCAGCGUCUGUCCACGGACAAGAAGACGCUGGAGAAGACGUGGAAACUGAUGGACAAGGUGGUCAAGCUGUGCCAGCAGCCCAAAAUGAACCUCAAGAACAGUCCACCCUUCAUACUGGAUAUACUGCCGGACACGUAUCAGCGACUGCGCCUCAUCUACUCCAAGAACGAGGACCAGAUGCACCUCCUGCACGCCAACGAGCACUUCAACGUCUUCAUCAACAAUCUGAUGCGCAAAUGCAAGCAGGCCAUCAAGCUCUUCAAGGAGGGGAAGGAGAAGAUGUUCGACGAGAACUCCCAUUACCGCCGCAACCUGACCAAACUUAGUUUGGUCUUUUCGCACAUGCUGAGCGAGCUCAAGGCGAUAUUCCCCAACGGGGUCUUUGCCGGCGAUCAGUUCCGAAUCACCAAGGCCGAUGCGGCCGACUUCUGGAAGAGUAAUUUUGGUAACAGCACACUGGUGCCUUGGAAGAUCUUUCGACAGGAGCUAAACAAAGUGCAUCCGAUAUCGUCGGGGCUGGAGGCUAUGGCCCUGAAGACCACCAUUGACCUGACGUGCAACGACUUUAUCUCGAAUUUUGAAUUCGAUGUCUUCACGCGUCUGUUUCAGCCGUGGGUCACAUUGCUGCGCAACUGGCAAAUCCUGGCCGUCACCCAUCCGGGCUAUGUGGCGUUUCUCACAUACGACGAGGUGAAGGCGCGUCUCCAGCGCUACAUCCUCAAGGCCGGCAGCUAUGUCUUUCGUUUGUCCUGCACACGACUCGGCCAGUGGGCCAUCGGCUAUGUGACGGCAGAGGGCGAGAUUCUGCAAACGAUUCCACAGAACAAAUCGCUAUGCCAGGCGCUGCUCGAUGGUCAUCGCGAGGGCUUCUACUUGUAUCCAGAUGGCCAAGCCUACAAUCCGGAUCUGUCCUGUGCCGUGCAAAGUCCUACCGAGGAUCACAUAACUGUAACACAAGAACAAUACGAACUAUACUGUGAAAUGGGCAGCACCUUUCAGUUGUGCAAAAUCUGUGCGGAAAACGACAAGGAUAUCCGGAUCGAGCCCUGCGGUCAUCUGCUGUGCACGCCCUGCCUCACCUCCUGGCAGGUUGACUCUGAGGGACAGGGCUGUCCCUUCUGUCGCGCCGAGAUCAAGGGCACCGAACAGAUCGUUGUGGAUGCCUUCGAUCCGCGCAAGCAACACAAUCGCAAUGUCACCAAUGGGCGACAGCAGCAGCAGGACGACGACGAUACAGAGGACAUGGGCGACUUCAACAUAGCCACCUCCUCGCUGCACGCCCUCAGUACCUCGGCAGCCGCUGGGGCCGCCGCGGAGAAGCACAGUCCGCACACCUCGCCGCGUCUUGGACGGCGCAGCACCACGCCCAGCCUGAUGGCCGUGCAGAACGAUCUCUAUUCGGGCGGCAGUCCGGUCCUCAGCCUACCCAGCUCCAGCUCCUCGUCCACAUCAUCGGCGGCAACGGCAGGAGCAGCAGCAGCAUCAUCAUCAGCAUCAACAUCAGGCACCGCUGCAGGAUCCUCCUCGCAGCCCCAGCCCUCCGCCCCGCCGGCCUCCGCUGUCCUGAGCAAUGGAGGAGGGGCCAGCAUCAGCCAGAAGUCGACGAACCGCAUGAGUGCUCCCCUGAUCGGUUCGUGCGUGGCCAACUCCACGUACGGCCAGAAGUUGCCUGGAAAAUCGGAGAACUCUGCGUCCAGCGGCAGCGGCAGUGACACCGCCUCGACCAGCUCGUAUGCCAUCCUCCAGAACCUGCAGGAUUCGGCCUCUGGGUCGGGCGCCGCUUCAGCUGUGGUGGCACCUCCACUCCCGCCGCGUAAGUCCUCCCCGGGCGUCGAGACUCCGGGCAAGGUGACUGCCCCGCCGACCACCAGCAAGAGUAUCGACAACAUUCAGUGCAGCAUGGACAACGUGCCGCCCCAGACGACAGCUCCGCCGAUUCCGCCGCAUGUGACGCCCAGCGUGGACACCCUGGCCGAGGACUUGAUGCGGCAGCAGCGCAUAGCGACGAGCACCACCUCCCCAGUGUUGUCCCUGCUGGACGAGGACAUCGUGGAGGUGGGGCCCGCGGAGACCAUCAGCGGCGUAAUCGAUACCCGCCCCCUAGAGGCCCGUGGCGUGACCCUCACCAGGCAGGACUCGGCCUCCUCGCACUACACACAGCUGUGCACCACCAGCACUGGCGGGUCGGUGGCGCUGGCAGCCGCCGCAACCCUUGCCAACGGCAAAAAGGCCGCUCCCAAGCAGACAGUGACCCAGACAACGACGACAGCGGCGGGGACUGCACCUGCGCCUCCACAGCAGCACCAGCAACAGCAGCAUCAGCAACAGCAGCAUCAGCAACAACAGCAGAAGCAACAGCAGCAGCAGGCCCAACCGCUGCUCUACGCCAACGUGACGAUCAAUCAAAAAGACUGCGGCUCCGUUCCCUACGAGAACAUCAAUUUGGAGUAUAUAGCGCGCCUGAUGAACGCGGGAUACUCCAAGGAGAAUGCAAUCACUGCUCUGGGGAUAUCGCGCAACAACGUCGAGAUGGCUGGCGACAUACUGCGCGAGUUUGUCUCCAAGAAUAGCGCCUAAAAGUGUCACGAUUGAAGGAUGGAUGGAUGGAUGGUUGGAAUGAUGAUUAAAAUGAUAAGGAUGAUGAUAAUGCUGCGAGGAAACCAAUACCGAAUAAUGAUAAUGAUAAUGAUAAUGCUGAUCCCAGGCAAAAGGCAAACAAAUCUAAGUAUAAGUCUUAAGAAAUAUUUGACAAAGCAAAUUGCCCAUUAAUCUCUCAAACAGGGUGCAUAUUUGCCGCUUUAGGAGCACACACACACCCCUCACACACGCCUAUAUAUGUAUGUAUGCUGACAUACACAUAUAAAUAUACAUAUACAUAGGUACGCUAAACUCACGUCCUGGCUUGCCCUGUCCCACUGUGGGGAAUGGCCCCGGGCCCCACUUGGCGUAGCCAGCCCACACCACAAGCAAUUCAAGUUUCCCCAGUUCCAAAAGUUCCCAAAAACAAAACGAACAAAAAUUAAAAACUAAAAAAAAACUAAUAAAACGAAACAAAAAUGUAAGCACCACAAAAACGCCAUGGAUAUCAAAUAUAGCUAUGUACACGUA